AUGCCUCCACCCGGCCCUCCCACCACCGGCGACGGCGCCGCAGAUCCACCCGCACCCCUCGUAAGCACCUGGCAAACCCGCGCCGACGCCGGACAACCCGUAGCCCUGGUCCGCGUGCGUAACCUCCAGGGCGCGAUACCCGUAGGUCGGGACGCAUGGGGUCGGUCAGGGAAAUUACAGCCCGUGUUACUGUCCUCUGAGAUAUCUUUCGCGCAUCCGUUUUCCGGGAACGCCACCGCCUCAUCUACGUCUAAAUCAGGCGAUACGGAUAAACUCGACGCGGGGACUGUGCAUUAUGGCACGCUGAGUAAGAAUUUGCUUAGUAGUUUAGAGCUAUGGGGGCAGGGGAAUAAACCGAGAUCGCAUCCGACGGGUGAGAGCUCGGUUGCUGCGAACGUGAUUGCGGCGACGGGGGCUACGACUGGGAGUAAGGAGAUCGAGACUCCGCGCACGGCGGAUGUGUUUGAGUUACUCUGGGUGCGGAUGACGGGGCGUGUUGUUGAUGGGAGUCGUGUUGCUUUACCCCCGGAUCAACUGCCGUUUUUAGAUGCGGCGAGAUUGCGCUCGUUGGCGCUCGAGGUUAGGUUGCCGAAGGCGUCGUUGCUUGGCGCUGGGGUGAGUUUGGAGGUUCGUGCUAGUUUUAGGGAUCAUAGCGUUCCUAAGAAGGAGGAGACGACUAGUAAAAACCCAUUGGUGUCGUACUCUCGCAGCUUAAGGAUCCGGGGUCUUCAUGUGCCGACUUUGAUUGGGGUUAAUUCGAAUGAGCGUGGUGCGAAGCAGAUGCUGAUUGCGGAUGUGGAGAUUGAUCGGUUUGAUGUUGCGGAGGAUAUUCAUAGUGAGCUGGAGAAGAUUGUGGUGGAGACGAUGGAAGCUUCAUCCUUUGAGACGCUCGAGGCCCUCGCGUCCCAUGUCGCUAAGAAAAUAUUAUCGGACUUUAGGAUUGGUGACGAUCCGAAGCCCAUGAAGGAAAGGGGGUGGCAGGUCAGGGUCUGUCUAGAAAAGCCGAUUGCUGUGCCUUUUGCGGAGUGUCCUUCUGUGGAGGUAACGAUGGGGUAA